CCCCGCCCCCUGGCCCCCCAUUCAAGAAGCGGCUCGGCUAACUCGGCUAGCACAGGGCGCCCGGCGCGCCUCGGAGCGCACGUUCCGCGCCUUCUUCUGUCCGCAGUCUGGACAUUAUGCGGCCGAGCAGCCGAGCCCUAGUCCUCCGCCUCCUUCUCCUCCUCCUGCGACCAGAGCGGCUCAGCUCACGGCAGGCGGCUGCGUUGCUCAGCCAAGCACAGACGCGACCCUCUCUGCAGGACCUCAGCGACUCCUAAAGUCAAAAAGUUGGCGGCAGGGCGCCGGGUUCCGCGCGCUCUCCACUGCUGUUGCCUCGCGUCGCCGCCAGCCACCAAAGCGGGCAGGAGGGAGGGGGUGGGAGAAGCGGGGGGAGGGGUGAAGAGCACCAUGCAGUUAGUAUCCUGGGCCACACUGCUAACGCUCCUGGUGCCGGACCUGGCUGAGAUGAGGAGCCCUGAAGCCGCGGCGGCCCUGCGCAAGGACAGGCUGCACCCGAGGCAAGUGAAAUUAUUAGAGACUCUGAGCGAAUAUGAGAUCGCGUCUCCCAUCCGAGUGAACACCCUCGGGGAACCCUUUCCCACGAACGUGCACUUCAAAAGAAGGCGACGAAGCAUUAACUCUGCCUCUGACCCCUGGCCUGCCUUCGACUCCUCCUCGUCUUCCUCUACCUCUUCCCAGGCGCAUUACCGACUCUCAGCCUUCGGCCAGCAGUUUCUAUUUAAUCUCACCGCCCAUACCGGAUUUAUCGCUCCACUGUUCACUGUUACCCUCCUUGGAGAGCCGGGGGUGAACCAGAGCAAGCUGUAUUCCGAAGAGGAAUUGGAACUUAGGCACUGUUUCUACAAAGGCCACGUCAAUACCAAGUCCGAGCACACUGCGGUCAUCAGCCUGUGCUCCGGAAUGAUGGGCACGUUCCGGUCCCACGAUGGAGAUUAUUUUAUUGAACCGCUGCUGUCUGUGGAUGAGCAAGAGGAUGAAGAGGAACAGAACAAACCUCACAUUGUUUAUAGGCGCAGCACCCCUCAGAGGGAACCUUCAACAGGAAAGCAUGCCUGCGACACCUCAGAACUCAAAAACAAUCACAGUAAAGACAAGCAGAAAACCAGAAUGCGAAAGCGGAGAAAGAGGAAUAGCCUGGCUGAUGAUGUGGCACUACUGAAGGUGUUCUCUGGUUACAGCAACAAGACAGAUGCCACAAGGGACAGGAGAAACCACAAAAGAGCCAAACGCUUCCUGUCCUAUCCACGGUUUGUAGAAGUCAUGGUGGUAGCUGACCACAGAAUGGUUUUAUACCAUGGAUCAAACCUUCAGCAUUAUAUCUUAACCUUAAUGUCAAUUGUAGCUUCUAUCUAUAAAGACUCAAGUAUUGGAAAUUUAAUUAAUAUUGUUAUUGUGAACUUAGUUGUGAUUCAUAAUGAACAGGAAGGACCGUCCAUAAAUUUCAAUGCCCAGACAACAUUAAAAAACUUUUGCCAGUGGCAGCACUCCAGGAACCUCGUAGGUGAGAUACAGCACGACACUGCUGUUCUGGUCACGAGGGAGGAUAUCUGCCGAGCUCAGGACAAAUGCGACACCUUAGGUCUGGCUGAGUUGGGGACAAUCUGUGACCCGUACAGAAGCUGCUCCAUUAGCGAGGACAGUGGGCUGAGUGCAGCUUUCACAAUUGCCCACGAGCUGGGUCAUGUGUUUAAUAUGCCUCAUGAUGACAGCAAUAAAUGCAAAGAAGAAGGUGUGAAGAGCCCCCAGCAUGUCAUGGCACCGACACUGAACUUCUAUACCAACCCCUGGAUGUGGUCAAAGUGCAGUCGAAAAUACAUCACUGAGUUCUUAGACACUGGGUAUGGCGAGUGUUUGUUGAAUGAGCCUGAAUCCAGAACCUAUCCUUUGCCUUCCCAACUACCAGGCCUCCUCUACAACGUGAAUAAACAAUGUGAAUUGAUUUUCGGGCCAGGGUCUCAGGUGUGCCCAUAUAUGAUGCAGUGCAGACGGCUCUGGUGCAAUAAUGUGGAUGGAGUACACAAAGGCUGCAGGACUCAGCACACGCCCUGGGCCGAUGGAACUGAGUGUGAGCCGGGAAAGCACUGCAAGUUUGGAUUUUGUGUUCCCAAAGAAAUGGAGGCCCCUGCGACUGAUGGAUCCUGGGGAAGCUGGAGCCACUUUGGAACCUGCUCAAGAACGUGUGGGGGAGGCAUCAAAACAGCCGUCCGAGAGUGCAACAGACCCGAGCCAAAAAACGGUGGGAAGUACUGUGUAGGGAGAAGAAUGAAGUUCAAAUCCUGCAACACGGAGCCCUGCCUGAAGCAGAAGCGAGACUUCCGCGAGGAGCAAUGUGCUCACUUCGAUGGCAAGCACUUUAACAUCAAUGGCCUGCUGCCCAGCGUGCGCUGGGUCCCCAAGUACAGUGGAAUUUUGAUGAAGGACCGAUGCAAGCUGUUCUGCAGAGUGGCGGGAAACACGGCGUACUACCAGCUCCGAGACAGAGUGAUCGAUGGGACCCCCUGUGGCCAGGACACCAAUGACAUCUGCGUCCAAGGCCUUUGCCGGCAAGCUGGAUGUGAUCAUAUUUUAAACUCAAAAGCCCGGAGAGAUAAGUGCGGAAUUUGUGGUGGCGAUAAUUCCUCAUGCAAAACAGUGGCAGGGACAUUUAACACAGUCCAUUAUGGUUACAAUACUGUUGUGCGAAUUCCAGCUGGUGCUACCAGCCUUGACGUGCGGCAGCACAGCUUCUCAGGGAAAUCUGAAGAUGACAACUACCUAGCUUUAUCAAACAGUAAAGGUGAAUUCCUGCUAAACGGAGACUUCGUCGUCUCAAUGUCCAAAAGGGAGGUCCGCUUGGGGAGCGCCGUGAUUGAGUACAGCGGAUCCGACAAUGUCGUGGAAAGACUCAACUGUACUGACCGCAUUGAGGAGGAGCUUCUCCUUCAGGUGUUGUCAGUGGGAAAGUUGUACAACCCCGAUGUGCGGUACUCUUUCAAUAUUCCGAUUGAGGACAAACCUCAGCAGUUUUACUGGAACAGCCACGGGCCGUGGCAAGCAUGCAGCAAGCCCUGCCAAGGGGAGCGGAGACGAAAACUUGUUUGCACCAGGGAGUCUGAUCAGCUUACCGUUUCUGAUCAAAGAUGUGACCUGUUACCCCAGCCAGGACCUGUCACUGAAGCAUGCGGCACGGACUGUGACCUGAGGUGGCACGUUGCCAGCAAGAGUGAAUGCAGUGCCCAGUGUGGUUUGGGUUACCGCACUUUGGGUAUCUACUGUGCCAAAUACAGCAGGCUGGACGGGAAGACAGAGAAGAUUGAUGACAGUUUUUGUAGCAAUCAGCCCAGACCAAGCAACCAGGAAAAAUGUUCUGGGGAAUGCAACACGGGUGGAUGGCGCUAUUCGGCUUGGACGGAGUGUUCUAAAAGCUGCGAUGGUGGUAUGCAGAGAAGAAGAGCUAUUUGUGUCAACACCCGCAAUGACGUCCUAGAUGACAGCAAAUGCACACAUCAGGAGAAAGUCACUGUACACAGAUGCAAUGAGUUCCCCUGUCCUCAUUGGGAAUCAGGAGAGUGGUCAGAGUGCUUAGUCACCUGUGGAAAAGGACAUAAGCACCGCCAGGUCUGGUGUCAGUUUGGCGAAGAUCGAUUAAGUGAUAGAAUGUGUGACCCUGAGGUCAAACCGGAGUCCAUGCAGACAUGUCAGCAGCCAGAGUGUGCAGCCUGGCAGGCGGGUCCCUGGGGACAGUGCAGUGUCACUUGUGGACAGGGAUACCAGCUAAGGGCAGUGAAGUGCAUCAUUGGGACUUACAUGUCGGUGGUAGAUGACAAUGACUGUAAUGCAGCAACUAGGCCAACCGAUACCCAGGACUGUGAAUUAUCAUCUUGUCACCCUCCCCAACUGGGCCUGGAACCAAGGAGAAAUGCACACAGUGUGCCCAGAACCCAGUGGCGAUUUGGGUCUUGGACUCCAUGCUCAGCCACUUGUGGAAAAGGUACCCGGAUGAGAUAUGUCAGUUGUCGGGAUGAGGAUGGUUCUGUGGCUGCUGAGAGUGCCUGUGCUACCUUGCCUAAGCCAGUAGCCAAGGAAGAAUGUUCUGUGACACCCUGCGGGCAGUGGAAGGCUCUAGACUGGAGCUCUUGCUCCGUGACCUGUGGGCAAGGUAAGGCAACCCGGCAAGUGGUGUGUGUCAACUACAGCGACCAAGUGAUUGAUGGGAGUGAGUGUGACCCAGAUUAUAUCCCGGAAACUGACCAGGACUGUUCCAUGUCACCAUGCCCUCAGUGGACCCCAAACACUGGCUUUGUUCACCCAUUUCAAACCGAGGCCCUCCAUCCCAGGAGUGACAGCCCUAGCCGCACUCAUGUGCUUGGAGGAAACCAGUGGAGGACCGGCCCCUGGGGAGCCUGUUCUAGUACCUGCGCUGGAGGGUCCCAGAGGCGAGUUGUGGUGUGUCAGGAUGAAAACGGAUACACUGCCAACGACUGUGUAGAGAGAAUCAAACCUGAUGAGCAAAGAGCCUGUGAAUCCGGCCCCUGUCCCCAAUGGGCUUAUGGUAGCUGGGGAGAGUGUACCAAGCCGUGUGGUGGAGGCAUGCGGACAAGACUGGUGGUCUGUCAGCGGGCUAACGGUGACCGGUUCCCAGAUUUGAGCUGUGAAGUUCUCGACAAACCUCCAGACCGUGAGCAGUGCAACAUACAAGCUUGCCCACAAGAUGCUGCAUGGAGUACUGGCCCGUGGAGCUCGUGUUCUGUCUCUUGUGGUCGAGGGCAUAAACAACGAAAUGUUUACUGCUUGGCAAAAGAUGGAAGCCAUUUAGAGAGUGCGUACUGUAAGCACCUUACUAAGCCACAUGGGCACAGAAGGUGCCGAGGAGGACGGUGUCCCAGAUGGAAGGCUGGCACGUGGAGUCAGUGCUCUGUGUCCUGUGGCCAAGGUGUGCAGCAGAGGCAUGUGGGCUGUCUGAUCGGGACACACAAAACAGCCAGAGAGAGCGAGUGCAGCCCAUAUACCAGACCUGAGUCGGAGCGUGUCUGCCAAGCCUCGCCAUGUCCUCUCUACACUUGGAGGGCAGAGCAAUGGCAAGAAUGCACCAAGACGUGUGGUGAAGGCUCGCGGUACCGACAGCUGGUCUGUGUAGCAGAAGACCAAAGUGAGGUGCACAGCGCCCACUGUGACUCGGACCAGCGGCCUCCAGACCAUGAGGCCUGCAGCUUGCAGCCCUGCGAGUAUGUGUGGAUCACAGGAGAGUGGUCUGAGUGCUCAGUGACCUGUGGAAAAGGCUACAGGCAAAGGCUGGUCUCCUGCAGUGAGAUCUAUACCGGCAAGGAGAAUUAUGAAUACAGCUACCAAACCACCGUGAAUUGUCCAGGCACGCAGCCACCCAGCGUGCAUCCCUGCUACCUGAGGGACUGUCCUGUCUCAGCCACCUGGAGAGUUGGUAACUGGGGCAGUUGCUCGGUGUCCUGCGGCGUGGGUGUCAUGCAUAGGUCUGUGCAGUGUUUAACAAACGAAGACCAACCCAGCCACUUGUGCCCCACCGAUCUAAAGCCAGAAGAACUAAAAACCUGUCGCAAUGCUUAUAAUUGUGAGUUGCCCCAGAACUGCAAGGAGGUGAAAAGACUCAAUGGCGCCACUGGAGAUGGGGAAUAUUUCCUGGCCGUUAGAGGGAAGCCCCUAAAGGUAUUCUGCGCAGGGAUGCAUUCUGACUAUCCCAAGGAGUAUGUGACACUGGCCCACGGUGACUCCGAGAAUUUCUCCGAAGUCUACGGGCACAGGUUGCACAACCCAACAGAAUGCCCCUAUAACGGGAGCCGACGAGACGACUGCCAUUGCCGGAAGGAUUACACAGCUGCUGGCUUUUCCAGUUUCCAGAAAAUCCGAAUCGACUUGACCAGCAUGCAGAUUAUAACCACUGACUUAGAGUUUGCAAGGACAAGUGAAGGACAUCCAGUUCCUUUUGCCACUGCUGGGGACUGCUACAGUGCAGCCAAAUGCCCACAGGGGCGUUUCAGCAUCAACCUUUAUGGGACCGGCCUGUCUUUAACCGAGUCUGCCAGAUGGACAUCACAAGGAAAUUACGCUGUUUCGGACAUCAAGAAGUCUCCGGAUGGUACCCGGGUCGUAGGGAAAUGCGGUGGCUACUGUGGAAAAUGCACUCCAUCCUCCGGCACUGGCCUGGAGGUGCGAGUUUCAUAACUAAGGGGCUCUGAAGAGGAAGCCAUUAACGAGACGGAUGAAGGAUAGUAAUUCAAUACCUCCACCUUAAAUUUGGGUGCAUCUGUGUGCGUGUGUGUGGAUCUGUCUGCUUGCGUGUGUGAAUGUAGGUGUACAUGUGUGUAUAUAUGCAUAUAUAUAAAUAA